GCAGUAGUGCCGCCUCGUUCUCUGCAAGUGCCAAAUUCUACCAGCAAAUCUCUGCAAUAAUUUAUUACCUGCGUGGCUGGAGAUGGGGGAGAAGCUGAGCUUGGGAGCAGAGGUGAGCAGAGGUGAAGAUGUGAUUUAUCAGGACCAGACUGUUGUGGCAGGUGCUGUGGCCGUUAUGGAGGUAUUAGUGAUGGUGAAGGUACUUUUCUAUAGAAAUGAAAUUCUGGGAGGUGCAUGCAUGGCCAGCAGCUGCAGGGUUGGGAUGGUUUUGUGGCAUCACUGCUGUUUUAUUUCCUCAUUUCAGCUGUGAGCUGCUCCUCUGAAAACAAAACCACUCUGUAUUUCUGCCGGUAAAAUUGGAGCAUUGCACCAAAACCUGAAACGAUGAAUAGGCACAGUAAUUCAUAACCAUUGCUUUGGUUGAGCUUUGGAAUGGGCUGCUCAGAGAAGUGGUGGAGUCCCAACUCUGGUGGUAUUUAAGAGACGUGUGGAUGGGGCCUAAGGGAUGCGGUUUAGUGAUGGGACUUGGUAGGUCAGGUUGGUGGUUGCACCCGGUGAUCCCGAAGGUCUUUUACCUUCAGGAGCCACUGUCUGUCCUUCGUCCUCAGGCUCCCACUGCCAUUUGGGGCCAUGAAAUCACCUGCAGCCUAUAGCCAAGCUGGGUAAAACCUCACUCUGCUCUCCCAUCCCCGGAAUCCUUCCCAUCUGGAUUGGGUCCCAGCUGGCAGGGCUUGGCAAUAGCUGGGACCUUCCCUCAGAGGCAGCGGGGCUUAGAUCGGCUUAAACCAGUCAUGAAGCUACGCCCAGCUCUCUGCUUUUCCCCUUUCUUCCCCUUCUGAACAACUUGUUUUCAUGAAACAUCUGCUGCUCUGGCAGAUUCUUGCGGUUAGAAAUAUUCUGGAGCCUUUCUUUGCAGAAGUGCAGCUGCCUGUGAUUCCUUAUCAGCUCAGCUGAAGGUUUGCUGUCAAACGAGUACAUUUUUGAGGGGAAAAUGCUUGCGCUGGCAGUGUGGUUUUGUUACAAAGCAGAGGUUUAUGUGUGCAAAAACAUACGCGAUCCUACAGGUAAAAUGGGCUUCCUGGGUGGAAAUGACUGAGGGUCGUGAGUUGCUUCUGGUAACCGAUGCUAUUGCAUGGUCUCUGCCAUCUUAACAGGGGUCUGGAACUCUUAAUUCUCAUUUUAUUGUACUCCUCCAUCGCUUCGUGUUCAGAAAGUAUUAAAUUCUGGAAAUAGUCUGUUAAAAUGCAGCAAAGCCCUUGGGGAGGCUUUGUCACAACGCUUCGGGCUGUGACGGAAUGGAUGCGAGAUGCUGUGUAGGGGUCAGGCUCCUCAAUGAAGUGUUCUCUCUCCAAAUAUGGGGGACGUGCUGUGUUUAUUUUUUUUUCCAAAGAAACCUGGUUUAUUUAUUUUUAAUGCAGCUCAGUCCUGCAGCUGCAGUGCCUUGGCUUUUGCAGUCUUGGCUUUCAGUCUUGCUGCCUGUAGCUGCUGUGGGAGAGAGCGCAUCUCCUCUUUGGAGCCCUGGUGAUACCGGAUGCAGGCUGAACCCACCAGAAAUGAGUGGUGAGAUACUGCCUGCUCCUCAGGAGGUGUAGCUGUCCGAAUAUUAAUAACAUCAACCCAGUGGAUGAAGUGUGGUGUCCAGAAGGGAUUUUUUUCUUGCUUAUUUCUUCUUCCCCCCUUCACUGCUGAUAUUGAUCGCUUACUGUUGUAUUUUGGAAAUGCUACCUAUAAUUCCAAUGUAUCUUUCCCAAGCCACUGAUCCAGGAGCCCAAGCUUAAGCUUUUUGUGGAUCCUGUUUUCUGUUCUGAACAUCUGGCAAACUUUCAUCUCAUUAUAGCAGUUAGCUUUUUGAUUGCCACAAAUAGGCUUCUACCAUUCACCUACCAUGAGCCCAAACUUCUGCUUUUGUUACCAGAGCUUUUUAGUGAUGCCACAUCUUGCCUUCAGAGUGCUGCUGAAUUGUUUCAUCCCCAUUAAAAGGGGUUGGUGGAGCCCAUCCUCCGCUAAGAUCAAGGUCCUGUUGUCACCCUGAAGCAGACAUCUCUGAUGGAUAGCUAUCAGCCUGGGCCUCAAUAACCUUUGGGCGAUCGUGAUAGUUGGGAGAGGUUGCCCAAGGACUGGCAUUUAAAAAGAAAUAAAUCAUACUACAGUCUCUAACACAAACAAAACCCAGUGAUAAACAGCAGUUAAGGUAAUGUCAUUGUCUUUAAAGCUCAAGAAAGUUUUCUUGGAUGUGCUUUUAUAGCCCAAACCAUCUAAUGUCAUGGAAUGAUAGGAGUUGGAAGGGACUUCUGGAGAUCAUAGAGUCCAACCCCUGCUAAGAGCAGGUUCCCUACAGCAGGUUGAGUGGGAAAGCGUCAUAUUUCACAGUACAGUUAUGGCACUUAUGUCAUUGGUUAACGAUAAACACGCUGCUUCUCCAUUUGUAACCUCAUUUGAGUCAUGACGUUCUGGGAAAUAUCCAAAGCAUUCGUUAUGACAGCUUUUCUCUUAUCAGAAAUGCUGGUGUCAAACAGUGUAAUCCAGGAAAUGUUUUCUCAGAAUGCUGUCGCCCAGUGCCAAAAUACAUCCACAUAUGACUGUGACACCAUUCAAACCCAAGCCAACCCAAUGAAUGAAUGCACCUGGGGAUUUCUUUGCGUGUUACCCACACACCUUUCUUCUGCAUCAAAAUGGAACCAUUCCUCCUUUGGCAUUAGCACACCAGAGACUGUUUCCCUUGGGAAUUGCACAGAUAGGGGUACCAUAGCUGGUGUUGCUCCUUCUUUCUUCACUUCACCUGUGGUGGAGUGGUAGCUGCCCAAAAUGCAGCUCUGUAAAGGACAGCUUUGUUCCCUGUUGCAGAGAGCUGGACACACAAAGCUUUCCUGGCUUUUCCAUGCAAAGCACAAUCCAGUGAAUUCUUGGCUGUGGUUUUUAAAAAUCUUUUUUCUCGUUUGGGAAGGCUGCUGUUUUCGAGUGGAUAAAACAGCAUUUUUGGCUGGAUUUUUGGCAGUGCAAUUUUUCCACCUUUGGAAAGUCAGCCUGUCUGCUGUGCUGGCUGAUUCUUUAACCUCUUCCAUGCAGAAAUGCGUUGCGGUGCAGUAUGCAACUUGGUCUUUGGAAUGACUGAUGUGCACAUCAGCGUUAUUUUCAGUCCUAAAGAAAUGAUUUUUUUUUUUUUUUAAUUUUUCAAGUGGUAUGUGUGUCAUUUUUCUUAAGUAAUGCAGAAAUCGCGUUAGUGAGGAGCAUCAUCACUGAUUAACAAUUCGGUCCUCAAAUAUAUUUGAUGGAAAAUAACUUAUCUGUGUGUGGGAUCUUGCAUUUCUGUGGCCGUUCCCAGUGCCAAAGAGUGUCAAAAGUGCUACCAAUUGAAGGUGAUGGAAAAAAAAUUAAAUGAGAAAUUAACUUUCCAGAAGAUGAGGAGUCUAAGUGGGGAAUCUGGACCACAGGAGCAGUUUUGUCUGAUCUCUCCUGAAGAGCCUUUGGUGAGACUGAGACCUUCAGUGAUGUGUCUCACCCAAACACUGCUUAUCCUUGUGCCAGCAAAGCACCCCAGAAGAUGUUAAGGCAUGUGAGGGAUGAGCUGGGGAUCUGAGACAACCAGCAUGGCUUCACCAAGGGCAGAUUGUGCCUGACCAAUCUGGUGGCCCUGUAUGAUAGAGUGAUGGCAUUGGUGGACGGAGGGAACUGAUGUCAUCUACCUGGACUUCUGCAAGGCCUUUGACAUGAUGGGUGCCACAUCCUUGUCACUAAAUUGGAGAGAUAUGAAUUUGAAGGGUGGACUGUUCAGUGGAUAAGGACUUGUUUGAAUGGUUGUUGUCAAUGCCAGAGGGUUGUUAUCAAUGGCUCUAUGUCCAAGUGGAGGCCAGGGAUGAGUGGUGUCCCCCAGGGGUCCACAUUGGGACUUGUACUCUUAAACAUCUUUAUUAGUGACAUAGGUGCUGGGAUUGAGUGCGCCCUGAAGUUUACUGAUGAUGCCUAGGUGAGCAGUGCAGUUGAUAUGACAGAAGGAAGGGAUGUAAUCUAGAAGGACCUACACAGGCUUGAGAAAUGGACUCGUGAACCUACUGAGGUUCAGCAAGGCCAAGUAGAAGGUGUUGCACUUGGGUCGUGGCAAUCUCAGAUACAAGACACUGCACUGGACGUCAUCUACACAAAGACUUUUUGGUGUUACAGAACAACAAGAGUGCAUGAAAAUCCAAAAAUUGCUUCUAAAUGUGAGACUUGAAACCUGCAGCAUUAAGCAGAAGGGGCAGAUGGAGAGAGCAGUCUACAGUUCAUUGUCUGUGGAAGUGGGUAAAGUUGGUAUCUACCCAUAGGCCAUGCCGAAGCUGGGCCUUCUGGUGUUAUGAGCAUAGGCAUCACCUCUGAGCAUCCUGCUCUGGGCACUUCUAAGGAAUGAUAUUGGUACUGGAUUUACCUGGUGAGGCACGAGUGACUUGUCGGGGUGUUACCUACACGUUCUUCUUGAGGCCAAGGAAUGUGUGGCCCAAUUGAAAUAGCUUGGUGAGCUGCAAGUUCUCCCUCACAGCAGUAGAGGAAAGGGGGAGAGCUGUGUGCUCUUUGCAGUCACUGAUGCAAAACCCCUCAGCUUUAGCAUUUUUAUUAAUUACAGAAAUAUCUCUGUGAGACAUGAGAGUUUGUACCUGCCACUUAUCUCACGUGGUUUCUGUAAGAAGAAAUAUCCUGAACAAAGGCACGAGGAACAGGAAUCUCUCCAAAUAAAAUCCUUGGCUGCGUAAAUGAGUAUGGAAGAUUAUGAUUUCCUCUUCAAAAUUGUUUUAAUUGGCAACGCCGGUGUGGGGAAGACCUGCUUGGUGCGACGCUUCACCCAGGGGCUCUUCCCACCAGGCCAAGGAGCCACGAUUGGGGUUGACUUUAUGAUUAAAACCGUGGAGAUAAAUGGUGAAAAAGUAAAGCUGCAGAUCUGGGACACGGCAGGACAAGAGCGAUUCCGCUCCAUAACACAGAGCUACUACCGCAGCGCCAACGCCUUGAUACUGACCUACGACAUCACCUGCGAGGAGUCCUUCCGCUGCCUCCCCGAGUGGCUGCGGGAAAUCGAGCAGUACGCCAGCAACAAGGUCAUCACUGUGCUAGUGGGUAAUAAGAUUGAUUUAGCUGAUAAGAGGGAAGUGUCCCAGCAGAGAGCGGCGGAGUUCUCGGAGGCGCAGGACAUGUACUAUCUGGAAACCUCGGCAAAGGAAUCGGAUAAUGUGGAAAAACUCUUCCUGGACUUAGCCUGCCGGCUGAUCAGCGAGGCACGGCAGAACACCCUGGUGAACAAUGUCUCAUCCCCCUUACCAGGAGAGGGGAAAAGUAUCAGCUAUUUGACUUGCUGUAAUUUUAAUUAAACAGCUGGCAUGUGAUUCCCCAUCAGCCAUGGGCCCUGAAGAUUUUUCGCCGGGAUUUGUCCCCUCGGAGGGAAUUCCGCCCUGACCCAUCUGACUUCCUCGCAGUCGGGUCGCAGACCUAGAAGCAUGGCAGGCUGACAGCUCCAGCUGCAUGGCAACGUAGCAGAAUAUAACGUGGUUCACAUUUAAUUUUUCUUGCAGUCUCUGGAGUGGGUUAGGAGAAAGCAGAGUUGCACAAGAGCUUCAUGUGAUGCAGAAAAUGAGCUAUCGCGUUUCCUUCUGGAGGAGAUCAGAGCAACCUCUCUUGGGGAAGAUUUGGAAGAGGUCAAAAUCUCUCUUACAGAACAAUGUGUUUGUUCCUUUUUAAAAGAAGAAGAGAACCGACGAUGAGCACUGACCCAGGACUACGCUGGCAAUCAUCCGGGCUGCCAGCUGAGUGAAUUCUUGGGACGUGUAUAUAGUGUCUUUGUGGAGGAAGGUGUUUGAAAUAGUGUUAUGUCUCUCAUCUACAGGCACUUUCAUGAACAUGGAAUAAUAAUAAUAAAAAAAAAUGUUAUAUAUCUCAACAUUUCCAAACAGCAGUUUGAGAAGACAUGGAUACAGCUCAGUUUGCUCCCUUUGGUGCUAGCAGUUCAGCAAAUAUUCCAUAGACCAAAUGUAGUUAUACUACAUUGCUGUCCUCUGAAUGUGUAACCCAGACUGAUUAAGAAAAGAACACUAAUAAGCACUGUUCAUUAAAAUCUCAUUACCUCUUUUUCUAGGCCUAAAUAGCGAGAAACGACUGUGCUUCUUUGAUACCCACUGCAGGAUGAAAAGACUUCCUGGAAAUAACAAUAAACGCAUAACUAAGAAAAUGUCCCUCCUCUAAUUAGUAAUGUCCAGAAGUGAAAAACGCGUUGGGAAAUGUUAUUGGCGGAACAGAAGAAGUGCACCAGACACGACCAAAAUAUUUUGUGUGCGCUGAUUGUGCAGAAGGGUUCAAAGAGAGCACAGUUCGAGUGGCAGCCUGCAAUAUGUCUGGGUUAAAAAUAAAGCUUGUAGAUAAAGUUCCUGCUGGAAAGGCAGGCGUGCGAUUUUGUAGAGAUUUUCUUUUUUUAAUACUAAAUGGAAAUAGCAGCAGGUUGCAAGUGGCAUCGUUCUGUGUCUGACCCAUCUGGCGAUCACCUCGUGGAACUGUUCUCUGAGAAGCUCUGGAAGGUAUCUUCUUGACCUCUCCUCUCUGCUAGGGUAGCUUUCACAUUCAGGGCUGUAGAGUCUUUUAAUUUACUCGAUGCUUAGCGCUCUUAAUCUCAGACUCCAGCGUAUGUGUAACUAUUUAGGCAGUUUUUUCCUACAGAGCCCCUGAAGUGGAAGCGUUACAGAACCUGCAUUACACCUUUAGUGCCAUAUACGAACGAUGCAGAUUUACACACUGACUUCAAAGCAAAAUUGGAAUACAUUGAAUACGCACAUGGAAGAUGAUCUUUAGAAGUUGGAGUUCAGUUUAGCUGAUCCAGGUAUAUCUCUCCGGACGAUUACAUGGCUGUGAUAUGCUGUAAUUUAAAGUUAAUCACCUUAAUAUCAUUUGGCAUUUUCUGAAGACUAUAACAGAGCUUUUGUAUUGACGUGAAAGCUGCCAGUAAGUUCCUCAUGAAAAUAAUAACAAUAAAAAAAGAAAAGUAGCAUUUUAAAAUGCAUUUUCACAUUUUCCUGAAAAGAUUUCUUUGGGUUGUAUCAUGGUGUGCCUUUGAUCAGUAAUGGUGAUACAUGUCUUUGAGAGAGAGGGGAUAGUUGAAUCAUAUGGCCAUUUAAAAUAUUUUCUUGCUAAUUUUACGUCGCUUUCUUCUUUUGUGAUUAGUGCUAAAAAUGAAGGAGUAGAAAUUGUGGUACAAAUCUUGCUUGUCAUUGAGGUAAGACUUUGCAAAGUGCUGCUGCAGGCGUUACAUGUUGGGGGAAUAUGACUGAUGCUCUGGCCUGCGCCGGUCCUUUUUGGUCUCUGCUCAUGAUGUCAUCCGGAGGAUUUAGAAAGGUGUGGCUUCAUGGCUUCUGCUCUUCUGAGUUGUGUGGUACAGCUUAUGAGAGCAUUCUUUUUUGAGCAUUCUCCAGGUUGCCAAACGCAGCCUGAUUUGAGCUUGUUCAGACUACCCAACACCAAAACAGCUGCUUCUGUUUAUAGCAAGACUCAGGGUGUUACAGGUAAGGUAACACUCAAGUUAAAAAUCAAUAUUACAUGUGUUUACUUUCUAAAAGCUUUUACUCUCCAGAUGCUGGGCUUGACAGCAUAUAAUUGAGAAGAAGGGCAGGGCUCUUCGGUUGAGUGAAUUGAGGAGGAAGGAGUCUGCCCACUGAAAUACCGUGGGUUCCUCAGCCUGGCUCCCAAAACCAUCAAAGCUGGGCAGGUAAAUCUUGUUGAAUAUCAGUAUCAGUGCAUUUUCAAAUGCUCCUUGCAUCAUUUCUGGAAGUUGUACUCUAACACAUCAUCACGACUGAAAGAAUCAAAUAGCAGAAGCUGCUAACGUUAUUUUCUUGAGAAUUCUCUUGGAGGUUUUCAGAAGGCAAAGUCUCUUUUCCAGUUCUUUCCUAACCUGUAGGUGGCUAUUUUGGAGGCUAGCUACGUACCUCCAAGCAUUGGUUCUUAUUGCUAGCAAAUAUUUGUGCAAGACCUCUAGCUCCAGACAGAGAUGUGCUCUUGCUGAGCGGUGGAGUGCUGUGGUAGGGCCAAUGUUGCAUCUGACUUCUCCAAGGACAAAUCUGAAGUGAUUCCUUUCAAUGUUAAUUCUAUGUAGACUGUUAAGAAAUUGAAAGGAAGCAAGGGUGGUAAUUUUGAUUUUUACAAGGUAAUAAGCCAAAGCUGUAGCUUGAAAUGUGUUUUUUUCCUGCAGUUAACAAACACAGUACCAGUUCAAGAGGCGAUGUUUUAUUGCAGCAGCUCCUUUGCAGGAGUGAUUUUUCUCUACCUUCUAAUAUCCCUCUGGGACAUAAAGCCCAUCUUUCCACCGAGCAUUGAGGACUUAUCUUCAAAUCUGGUCCUCCGCUGAAGGCUCUGCAGUCAGAAGAGGAGCUUUUUCAACUGCUAAUGACAACAUAUGUUGUAGCAGAUUGAUCAGAGAGCUGAAAAAUUAAAGGAGAUUUAUGGACACAAAUCCCAGUUAUGUGACAGUCAUCUCUCCAACUCUGACCAGCACCUAGCUGGAUGACUGGGUUUUUGAGAGAGCUGUCAGUGAAAGCUUUGUGAUGCUCCCUGGGUUGAGUGUCCAAAACCCGUACAGAAUUGAUGUGAUGGGCCAAAUUUGACUGGAAGUGUUCUCCACUGUUGAGAGAGCAUGGCAUUGCUUUUGGCAUAGCUGCUAGGUUUUGAUGCUUUUUCAGGGUGAUACACUCACGGUGUAAUCAUCUUAGUUCUGGGUGAAAAGUGGGUGUUAAUAGUAGUGCCCUAAUUAAACCUUUUCUUUAAACGUUUUAGCACAUUGAAUAGCUCCAAGCAGAAGCCAUUGUUGAAUGGCCAACAGGUUUUUGUUUGCUCUCUAGCAAACCUGUUUGGAGAGAUUUAUGAAAGCAUCUCCUGAAAACGAGAUGGUCUGAGCUCUGUCAUCCCGCUCUGCUGUUGAUUCCAUCAGGAUGAUGUUGGGUAAACCACUGAGUGCUCUGUGCUCCUGCUCACAAUUUGUGAGGUACUUCCAUCAGUAUUUUCCUUUAGGCAUUUACUGUAACGUGCUGGGAGAAGCCACAAUUCCCUUCUGUUCUUAUUCAAGUUCCCCACGAGAGAUAGGAAAAAAAACAGCGUCCUAUCUGCCCUUCAGGAAAAAGAGUUUUGGUGGAAAAAAGUGAAAUUAUUGGGUGCCUCUUCCUACCUCACAUCUCACUUUGAUGCACAGGUGAGUCGCUUGAGCCGCAGUGGGGUAUGUGUUUGUGCCGAAUGCUAAAUGGCUUUGUGAUCAUUAUUCAGUGAAAACCACAUGUAACGAGUUGUCAGAUGAGAUGCUUUGUUCUUUGCUGUAGAACGCGUGAAGCAGCCCUUACAAUCUGCGAGCCUGCUGGUGCUGUUUGUCUUUUUGGAAAUAGCUGUAUCAGUAACAGUGGGCUCCCGCUAGUCUACAUUUAGCGGCUAAUGGCUAUUGAAUUCCUUCAGCAUCGGUAAUAAUAGCUGCAGGCAGAGGUUGACACAGCAGACAGUGAUUUGAAAGGAGGGAAAGUCGAAAUUAGUGAUGCAGAAGCAUUGUGGGUGUACACAAGUGGGAUGGCAUGCUUUCCCCAGCUUUUGCUGGCAAGGGAUGCAAUUAGUUAUAGUCAAACCCACUGGGUUUUGCAUUGUUCCUUAUCCCAAAGGACUGCUGUUUGUUCAGCUGCUUUUCCACUUGUCCUGUCUUUCCAGCGUGAAGAACUCUCUGUAAGUCAUGCUGAGAUGUUAAGCUGAUGUAAUUUCUGUAGUUGGAGACUGAAUUCACUUGGGAAACAGGUGAAAUUCUCUAGCUAUUAAAAUAGGCUGAGCAAACAUGGGAUGCACAGUCUUUUGGGGGUGCCAUCAUGGCUUGACAGGACUGGAGAUGCUGUCAUAGAGGAAAGCUCUCCUGGCUGUGGGACAUGCUGGGAAUACAGCCCUCUGUGCAAGGGGAAAGAGCCGUGUAGAGCUCAAAACAUGAGGUGAAGAGAUGGUCCUCCUCUUGGGAUUUCCUCAGUGCAGUCCUCUUUAAAAACACAGUUGUGACUUAGAUUUUGAUUGCUCUGGAUGCUUUGAAUUUGGGUCUUACCUGAGAUUCUUCUGCCUUCUUGCUUUCAGUAUCUGGGAACCCAAUACCCUUGUACCCAGUGCUCCCCCCAAUGUCUAUCAAGUGGAAGACCUUUUUGAUUUAAAAGAUACUUCGUAUUGCUGGUGAGCACACAGGGAAACUCUCAUAAAUAUUGAUAUUUGUAAGGGCUCACCAGAAAACACAUUGGAGCCAAAGAAAAUACUCUCUUCAAUUCUAGUAUCACAGAAUGGCAUAGGUUGGAAGAGACCAUCCAGUUCCAGCUCUGGGCUGUGGGCAGGUUGCCACCUACCCUCCAACCUGUCCUUGGGCACCUCCAGGGAUGGGGUACCCAUAGGUUCUCUGGGCGGCCUGUGCCAGGGCCUCACUGCCCCGUGAGUAAAGAAUGUCUCCCUGACAUAAUGUCCCUUUUUUGGUUUCAUUUAAUCUAACAUAAUGUCCUUUUUUUGGUUUAUUGCCAUUCCCCCUUCUCCUCACACUACCAAAGUGAAAGGCCAGUGAAAGAUGUUAUGUCAAAAUUUGGCUCUGAAGCCACCCUCUCUUUCCUUGUAUCAAAUCUGUCCUCUUGUUGCUGUGGGUAGUAAUUGUUCUAGUUGCUGUUCACAAAGAAAGGAUUGACAUUUUGAAGGACAGUGCUGUUUUCUGAUGGCAGUGAGCAGUAGGGAGCCACUCGCUUGGCUUCCCACAAGUGACCAGAGCAUCCUAAGGAAAGCAGCCCAAAGGGAACCAGUCUUUGAAAUGCAAUCACCCACUUGAAUUGUAGCUAAAUGUCCCAUAAAGGUUACAGAUCUCCCAUCUGCCUCCUUUUAGGAUUUAUCUUGGCUGGGAAAACAGACAGCAGGGCCUGCUGCCUUGCUCUGACUUACCUCGCUCACAAGCUGAAAGGACCCAAAGCCUCCUGCUGCCAGGCAUGCUAUAUCUGGCUGAGAUGGAUGGCCGGCUGUCAUCACCCAGGGAUGCGAUCACACCCUUUCCCCUCUUGUGAAUGAGCUGUAACUUAAACCAGGAGUAAAAAGUAUGCAGAGUUAAGGGUGCUGAGUUUUUUUUCUUCCAAGUUGGGAGUCAUGGAUCCAGAUCUUAUCACGCCCUUCCAAUUAUGGAGGAGGUAACUGGGGAAAGAUAACACAGAUAUAGCUGAAAAUGAGAUGACAGUGACUAAAUUGGGCUGGAAAUUUAGCUGGAAACCAGCACCCAGAUCAAGCUGUGGGUGUCCCUGUUUGUUGCAGGGGAGUUGGACUAGAUGGCUUUUAAGGGCCUCUUCCAACUCGAACUAUUCUGUGAUUCAAUGAAAUGUCAGUAAUGGAUUAUUCUAGUUUUAGGAGUAUAGCAAGGGUUAAAAGCUCAGCUCUCCUGGCCGUGGAUAAACAAGAGCUGGCUGUGCUGUACUCGGGUUGUUUUCACAUUAAUAUCAAGCUAUUAGCACUUCCUGGAUGUGAUUGUGUCCUUUGAAGCCAUUCUCCUUUUCCAGCAAGUUCAGAAGAUAAUUUUAGCUCUGCUUAGUGCUAUAAUUAAAUAACUGAGUCCCAGGCUGGGGCAGCAGGUGCCACCCGUGCCACUUUUUUUUUCCACCACUCAUCCUGAGGGAACGUUCCCAAGGAUGUGUGUGUUUGUGAGCACACCGCAGCGGUGUCCUGCACAGCAUCUCCUGGAGCCCGGCCUGCCUCAUUUUUGCUUGCUUGCUUUAUUGGCUGUUUCCUGAUAUGUUUGUGACUGUCCUGGCUGUGCUGUGUGGCCUCACCGCCGGCACUGCACCACAGCAUAAGGACAUUCAACAUCCACAAAGGGCUACGGUGAUGGGGAAGGGUCUGAGGGUAAGGUGUGUGAGGAGCGGCUGAGGUCUGUGGUGUGCUCAGCCCGGAGCAGAGCAGGCUGAGGGGAGGCCUCAUGGCGGCGACAGGGCCUGAGGGAACGGCAUGGAGCUGCGUCAGGGGAGGGGCAGCUGGGGGUGAGGGAAAGGGUCUGCACCAGAGGGCAGUGGGCAUGGAACAGCCUGCCCAGGGCAGUGGGCACGGCCCCAAGCUGCCGGAGCUCAGGGAGCGUUUGGACACCGCUCUCAGACAUUGGGUUUGGAUAUUGGGUGGUCCUGUGUGUGGAGGCGGGAGUUGGGCUUAAUGAUCCGUGUGGGUCCCUCUCACCUCGGGAUGUUCUGUUUCUCUAUAAGUACACUUACCCUUUCAGAGGAUGUGAUCAAGGGCUCUGGUGUCACAUGAAUGCCAACGUAGCACUGGAGGGAAAAAAAGCUCCUUAAGCCAACAUUCUGGGGGAGAAAAGGCCACCUGAUGAAAGCAGGGAGGAGAUCUGGUGCUCGUUGCCGUGCUGGCUUUGAGCCUCUCUCUCUCUUUCCACAUUCUAGAGAAAUAGUUUGAAAUGUGCACAGUUUUCAGCAUAAUGAGAUGCACUGCAGCUAUGUCACAUCCCUUUCAUUCCCCACAGCUGUUUACAAAAGAAAAACAAAUAACUCAGCCUGCUGGGAUGGGAGCAGCUGCAGUCACUCAGCUGUCAGUGCAGGACAGGCCUUUUCUGCUCCGCUUUUAUUUCCACUUCACUCUGUUCUGCUGCACACAUUCGGCUCUUCUGUGAAUUUGCAGAUUUUGAGGGUUUUUUUUCCCCAGCUGCCUUUGAUCUGUACAGAAAGACUCACCCAGAUCUGCUUUGAAUCCAUUAAUACAUUGAGUAGGCAUUUUAAUUUUCUGUUUCCUGGCUUGUUUCUUUGUCGUGUUACCGAACUGCCAAGUUCUCUGUACUCUGCCUCGCGUUCGGCUUUUCAAGUCUAAAACGUUUCCCCUUUCCUGAAAAGCUAUGAUAAUUCUUAGUGAACUUAUCAAGGUGUCUUCACUUGCACAGAAGCAAAACUGAAUUGCUCUCGGUGUUGAUUGCUACCACAUCAAUCCUGGAGCACGCAAUUCUUUUUACACCGCGAUCAAAGUACAUUUUAUACCAUCAUCUGCAGCUUGAAUUGUAGUUUAGAAGCCUGCUGAAGCCCUAAAAGCUGCAUUUUGUUUGCAGCUUCCAUGCCAGUGAAAUCACAGCAUUAAAGGAAUUUCCUGGGCUGGAGCUUUUCCCACACAUUUGGCUGUCUUGCAAAGACCCGCUGUCUUUUCCCCCAGCAGUUGUGAAUUUAGCACAAUGUACAGAAUUCUAGCAAGAGCCCUGAUUGCUCAAACGCCCUGAACACGUGGCCAGGAGGAUGAGGAGCAGACACACUUCUUGCUGAUCAAGCACAACCAUUUCAGUAGAGAGAAUGCACUGCACUCGGUCGGGCCCUUGAUGUCGGGCCGCUGGGAUAGCACUGCCUUUGGGGAGGGGAGGUGUUAGGGGUCACCAAACCGUGAAUCGUGGACUGUUGGAAGCAUUGGACCUGCCUGUUUAUUUCCAAGUUCUCGUUGUCAAGUGUGGUACAGUGGGGUUGAGGAAGGAAUGUAUUUUGGCUGACCGUGAUGAUGAAUGUAUGACGCUUCAUGUUUAUUUGUAAUGUCCUUUUUAUACUUAGAAAUCGCUGACAUCUGUAUCUGUAUGUAAAUAAAUGUUUAAUCCUUUCCA